AUGGCCACCACGGCGCGGCACCUGUGUCGUACAUUGUUCCAAGUGAGUCGGCGGAUACCUGUGAAGAGAAAAUGUCAAGCAGCACAAUGCCAGCUCUUCACGCAACGACAUAAUGUCACAAGCACGAGCGGACAAUUUCGCCAGCUUUCGACGACCUUGCCGCGCCGCGCCGAUAAACCCCAAAGAACCAGUGCCUUUGACCAGGACGGAGACGAGGAGGAAGAAGAUGACCAGGGUUUGGACUUCAGCCGACCUCCUGAAGGGGGCUACAAAGUCCCCUCGACCCCCAUCACCCUCGCUGACCUUGAUGCCGACGAACUCGCCGAUUUCCAAAUGCUCUCGCCCAAGGACCAAGAGUCGUACCUCGCGCUGCAGAAUCACUACGCCGCCGAAUUUGAAGAAGCUGGGAUCAAUUUCAAUGCCGACCCCAACGCCCAAGAUCCGCUGAUGGAGAGGCUCGUCGACAGUGUAGACCGCGAGAUCGGCAAAGAAGUCGAGCCCCUGGAUUUCCCAGAUGUUCCCUUGAAGAACAGCGAGGUGGGCUACUGGGCACUGGAUGAAGAGGACGACGAAUUCACCCAGGUGGAAGAUGGCGAUGAGGAGUGGGAUGAGAGUGCCAUUUCGAGUGUUGCGCACAACGAGUUGGACCUACACAGAGAAGUCAGGCAGUAUACGCGGGUGAUUGCGUGGGAUAUGCCCUUGUUACAACGCAAGUCUCCCUCUGAGUUCGCAAAACCGUUCACACCCCCCACGGAAGCCACGCCGCUCCGGUUCCGCUACACCACGUACAUGGGCGAACACCACCCGGCGGCCCGCAAAGUAGUUGUGCAAUUCUGCUCGAAAGACCUGCCGAACCUCACCGAGAAACAGCGCCUCAAACUGCUCAAGCUGGUCGGCCCGCGCUACAACCCGGACACGGACGUGGUCAAGAUGUCGUGCGAGACCUACGAGGCUCCCGCGCAGAACAAGCGGUACCUGGGCGACCUGGUCAAGAAGCUGCUGGACGAGGCGCGCAAUGGGAAAGAUUCGUUCGACGACGUCCCCCUCGAUUUGAGACACCACAAGCCGCAGCGGAAGAUCGAGUUUCCGGAGACUUGGAAGUUGAAGCCCUCGCGGGUCAGGGAGCUGUUGGUCGCGAGACAGGAGCAGAGGUUGUUGUCGUCGGGCGAGGAACAAUCCUCGACACGGCAGGGCGGGCCAGUCCUCGACGGCAAGGAGCUCGUCCACGAAUAUGUUCGCGCGUUAGGCAGGCCGGCAGUGCCCUUGAGAUAA